AUUGCCUUUUAGUUAGAAAAUGACUAAGUUUAUUGCAGGAUAAAGCCGAGAAUGUUCUGAUCGCAUUUAUAUAUUUUUUUGUUGUGUGUAAGAGUCAAGCUCUUUCCUCGGAGUGAAUUCCCAAGAUACAAAAUCUUGCGGUACAUAUAUAUAGAAUGGUGUGUUUACCUUCCUUUUCUGCACAUAGCUUUAAUGGAAAACGUAGCGGCAUAUUUUAUUUGAUCGACUAAUUUUUUUAUAUUAUUGUUUUUCGUUGUUGUAGUUUAAAUUUUCUUUUGGCUCGUUUUUUAUUAGUAUUUUGUUUGUUUUUUUGUUUGUUUGUUAAUAUCACAAGGUUCUGGGGCAAGAACGUAUGGGGUGUAGUUAGUAACGUACUUUUAUAACGUAUUUAUAACGUAUUUUGUUCAAGGGGCGAAAAAUUUACAGCUGCAUAUGCGAGACUGACAGUUGUAUAAUUAUAGUUUGUGCAGUAUCCAGUACGACUGCAGUUAUUGCGAUAAUCCUUGAACUUGAAAAUUAUUAAUCCCACUAAAGGCGAUGAGCAAUAAAUUCCUCUUAAUAGCUUAUUAUCUCUACCCGGUUUGUUCCUACAAGCCUGAUAAGCACGAUGGAACUUGCUUAAAAUUAUUGUCAGUUUCCUUUUAUGGGAUUGGAUGAUUUGUUUAAGUGACCUCGGUGGUAGUAGUGUCAGUGUGAACCUAGGUAUACAAGAGGAAGUAGUACAUUGCUCAGCAUAUUUUUUAGAUUUGCCGCACGUGUAGCUCGAUAUCUCGUGUAUUGGUGUUCUUGAUUGCGACCGUCGUAAAGCACGGCUUUUUAAUCCUGCUAGUUGUUGCACUGUAAAAGAAUGGAAUGGACAAGAAAGAAUUAAAUAAAUUAAGUAGUUAAUUCAAAACGUGCUUCGUACAGUCAACGAUUAUUCCCAUUCUAUGUAUUAUUUAUAGCUUACGGAACUGAACCGUUUACAGGACGAUGCCUUUAUCUUUAAGAGGACUGGGAAUUCGAAAACUCUUGUUCUUUUUACGAGUUGACCGCGAUAACUAAUAAAAAAAAUUGCCACAGCAAAGUGCUCCGAAACUCCUUUCUUUUAUUAUAUGGAGAAAAAAAAAACCUUUCGAACAAAGGAAGGAACUUAAAGAAAUUGGUAAGAGAUGAAUCAGUAAUAGUCAAAAUAACUUAGCGGGGGAAUUGCCCAAGAUGAAUAAUUAAGGAUUGGUGGUCAAAUCGUAAUUCGCGAUUUUGUGAACACGUACCUUUAUUGUUUAGCACCUUAGCGAGUUGGCAGGUGCGUUAUUAUCCGACUGAAGUGGAAAAUCUUGCAGAGGAUCGCUUGAUCGGCGAGAGAGCGUCACUCAGUUUGCGGUUCAAUUACAAGGUUGCCCUGAGGUUGUUCAUUUUUAGAGAAGAGUUCACCUGUCAUAUCAUGCGAGAGUGUAUUUCAGUUCACAUCGGACAAGCAGGCGUUCAGAUUGGUAAUGCGUGUUGGGAACUGUACUGCUUGGAGCAUGGAAUUCAGCCUGAUGGCCACAUGCCUACUGAUAAAACAAUUGGUGGCGGAGACGAUUCCUUUAACACUUUCUUCAGUGAGACUGGUGCAGGAAAACACGUUCCUCGAGCUGUUAUGGUAGAUCUUGAACCUACGGUGGUUGAUGAGGUCCGUAUUGGUACAUACCGCAACUUAUUUCAUCCCGAGCAGUUGAUAAGCGGUAAAGAGGACGCCGCUAAUAACUAUGCGCGUGGGCACUACACUGUUGGAAAAGAACACAUCGAUCUUGUCCUUGACAGAAUCAGAAAAGUGGCAGACCAAUGUACCGGUCUUCAGGGAUUUCUUAUUUUCCACUCUUUUGGCGGUGGAACGGGCUCUGGGUUUACUUCUCUUCUCAUGGAGCGCCUUUCGGUUGACUACGGCAAGAAGUCUAAAUUAGAAUUUUCCAUCUACCCAUCCCCUCUGAUAGCCACUGCUGUCGUGGAGCCAUACAACUCGAUUCUCACGACUCAUACCACCCUGGAGCAUUCUGAUUGUGCAUUCAUGGUCGACAACGAAGCCAUUUAUGACAUCUGUCGUCGCAAUUUGGAUAUAGAGAGACCCACCUAUACUAAUCUCAACCGACUGAUCGGUCAGAUUGUGUCCUCAAUUACAGCUUCCCUGAGAUUUGACGGAGCACUGAAUGUGGAUUUGACAGAAUUUCAAACCAACUUAGUGCCAUACCCUCGCAUCCAUUUUCCUCUCGCCACCUACGCGCCAGUUAUUUCAGCUGAGAAAGCUUACCAUGAACAGCUGAAUGUUGCCGAGAUCACCAACGCUUGUUUUGAACCAGCCAAUCAGAUGGUCAAAUGCGAUCCACGUCACGGUAAAUACAUGGCGUGCUGCCUGCUGUUUCGUGGAGAUGUGGUACCAAAGGACGUGAAUGCCUCUAUAGCUACUAUUAAGACCAAGAGGACCAUACAGUUUGUCGAUUGGUGCCCUACUGGAUUUAAGGUUGGAAUCAAUUACCAGCCCCCCACGGUCGUCCCAGGUGGUGAUCUAGCUAAGGUACAACGUGCAGUUUGUAUGUUGAGCAACACGACAGCCAUUGCAGAGGCCUGGGCUCGCUUGGACCAUAAGUUUGACCUGAUGUAUGCGAAGCGUGCGUUUGUCCAUUGGUAUGUGGGCGAAGGAAUGGAGGAGGGAGAAUUCUCGGAGGCUCGCGAAGAUCUCGCUGCCUUGGAAAAGGAUUACGAAGAAGUAGGAGUGGAUUCUCUUCACGAAGAAGGGGAAGCCGAUGAAUAUUAAAGCUAACAUGUUUUAAUCUCGGUUAGAUUAAGUGUACUUAACAAUUUUAUCUUGAUUGAUCGAUUAAUUCGAUGAAUUUUUCACUGCUGUGGUGUUACUCUUCCACCGGGUGUUUCCUUCGAGCCUUGGUUUUCAUUCAUACACUCAGAGUACUUGCUAAGGCACUACUCUCGCAUUAUCCCUUCUCGAUCUAUCCUUAGUUAAGGUGCCCAGCGUCAGCGCGCUUUUUGAGAAUUGAAUUUGCUUAUAAUUAAGUCACACGGACGGUUUAGAAGUGGAUAACUUUUUAUAAUGCUUUGGGAAAGAAAUGAGUCCGAGCGCAGAGAAAUCCAGCAAAAAAAUGUAAGUAUUGUUUAGUUUUUUUUAAUUGAGGUGCAUUCUGUGGGAUGAUGCAUCUGCGCUAAAAAUUAAAAGCGGAAUCCAAUGAGAAAAAGAGCAACAGUUUAAAAUCUCAAGAGCAAUUUAAAUAUCCGCAAUAUUCGCCACCGCGAUCAUUACUCGAAGUUAGCCGGACGUCUGAUGUUUCCAGAAUGAGUUCACUCAUUGUAUUGUCCGAGUUCUUGCUUGAUUUCUUUGAUGAUUUCAUUUGGUUUAAGUUAAUCUUUUAGUUCCUUUUCCUGUUUUGUGGGACGGACAGUAGUACUUCAGUAGACGUUUGGAAAAGCUCACGAAAGCGUCACUACAAUGUAAACGGAUCAAUGUCAGUAUAAACAACUCUGACGAGAUCAGCUUGGUUGCCACGUGUGUGGGAAAUGUCGUUCACCAGAAGAAAUAUCUGAAAAGCUUUUCAUCGCGUCAGUCGUCAGUGAUUUUUCCGUAAUAAAAUUAAGUAUGUGUGAAACAACGUUGCUUUUGAAAGAUAACCAUAUCCAAUUUUUUCAUUAAUCUCCGGUGGAGAUCUAGAAAUUUAAUCCUCUAAGUAGAUAAAACGUACAAAGCGACGUUAUUAAAUGCACAAGCAAAUCGGUCAGUAAUGAUUAUCGACGUUAGUAUCUUAAGUGUAUCCAUUAGGUACAGGAAAACGUGCGUUCAAGGAGACAUCUGUUAGUUAAAACUUUGCUUUUUAUAUAAACUCUGCUAUUUUUAAAACAUUCACCUUUGCUCUUACCAAUGUUUAUGUAAUUCAU